GUAAGGAGAGCAGUUUGGGAGAGGCCGACUUGCAGCAGAGCUCUGACCCUUCGGGAAUGGACAGCAGCUACCUCAGCGUGAAGGAGGCUGGGGUGAAAGUGCCCCAGGACAGGGCUAGCACGGACCUCCCCAGCCCCAUGGACAAGGCCGACUCGGAGAGCAACAAGGGCAAAAAGCGGAGGAACCGCACCACCUUCACUAGUUACCAGCUGGAGGAGCUGGAGAAGGUCUUUCAGAAGACCCACUACCCAGAUGUCUAUGCCAGGGAGCAGCUAGCCAUGAGGACAGACCUCACCGAGGCUCGUGUACAGGUGUGGUUUCAGAACCGGCGAGCAAAAUGGCGCAAGCGGGAGCGGUUCGGGCAGAUGCAGCAGGUCCGGACCCACUUCUCCACUGCCUACGAGCUGCCCCUGCUCACUCGUGCUGAGAACUACGCCCAGAUCCAGAACCCCUCCUGGAUCGGCAACAAUGGAGCUGCCUCCCCCGUGCCCGCCUGCGUCGUCCCCUGCGAGACGGUGCCCUCCUGCAUGUCCCCCCAUGCUCAUCCCCACGCGGCCGGCGGCGUCUCCGAGUUCCUCGGCGUCUCUGGCCCUGGCAGCCACGUGGGACAGACUCACAUGGGCGGCCUCUUCGGCACAGCCGGGAUGAGCCCUGGCCUCAACGGCUACGAGCUGAACAGCGAGCCGGACCGCAAGACGUCCAGCAUCGCUGCCCUGAGGAUGAAAGCGAAGGAGCACAGCGCCGCUAUCUCCUGGGCGACAUGA